UUUUGUAAUCAAUGCAAAUUUUGUCGAUGGUUAAAUUGGCGGGAGAAGGUGGUAUAUAAGUUCAAAUGAUUAUCUGUAGAAUUAUCAGAUACAUCAAAUUCAUUAUGAAGUAUCAAUUGAUUUUGUUGGGUGUGGUGUCUGUCGUCUUGGCACGACCGGACGUCUCGCAUCUUGGGUACAGUUACAGUGCUCCCUCCGGAAGUUAUUUGCCAGGGGAGCACGCUGCAAGUAGCUCGAGCCAUGGUGGUCGUAUCAUUCCCGCCCAAGUUGUGUAUGAACCCUCUCAACCGUCUGGAAGUUACCUACCGGGGGUCAGUGGUGGCGCAGGUGGUGAUGGAUACUUUGGCAGCGGCAGCAGUCAUCAUGGUUCUGGCCAUUAUGGAGGUUCUAUUGGAGGAUUUGGUGGUCAUGGGCAUCAAGGCGGAUUCGGCGGCCAAGGUGGUUUUGUCGGCGGCCAAGGCGGUUUAAUCGGCGGUCAAGGUGGUUUCCUCGGCGGACAGGGUGGUUUCAUCGGCGGUCAAGGUGGUUUCGGCGGUCACGAUUUACUUUCCGAGGACACCGAAGUUCACUAUUAUGGUGAUGAUGCCCAGCAACAGUCCCGCCUUCGCAUCCACGUUGCGCCAGCUCCCUCCAGGAACAGAGUGCUCUUCGUUAAGUCACCCGAUGUCGGUUCUUCGAUCAUUCCAGAAAUUAUCGCUCCCUCCACGCCAAGCCAAGAGAGAACCGUCGUCUACGUACUGUCCAAGAAACAGGAUGCGGUGGGAACGAUUAAUCUUCCAGCUUCUGUUACUAAUAAUGUUGUCAAGUCUAAACCGGAAGUGUUCUACUUGAGAUACAAGGAUUCGCAAGACGCCGAAAGGGUCGUCGCUGACAGUCUUAGCGGUAAAACGUCCGGGUCUGGAGUUCGACCAAUCAAUGACAAAGAUUCCUUUGUUAAAACUUUGGCUACCGGCCAACAUGGUGGAAUUAAUGGUAUUUUAGGUUCAUUCGGAAGUGGAUCGUCGCAUGGUUCGUCCGGAAUCAGCCUUGGUGGCCAUGGCAUUAGUGGAGGUCAUGGGAUUGGUGGAGGUCAUACUGUAAUCAGCACCGGUGGUGGUGUUGGCGGAUUGGAUGCGGCUGGAAGCAGUUCUUCUGGAAGCGGAAGCAAGUAUGGUACACCUGGAGCUAGUGGUCCAUAUUAA